AUGGGAAUCAUGCCUCUGAAUCCUAACUUGAAGAUUGCUGUCAAUAUACCUCCCCCAUCAGUCAUUGCUCGUCAACGGACGUGCUACCGCAUGUCCAUCGCCCUCAAUUUGAUCGUAGUUAUCACCCUCUUUAUCACAAUCUACGCAUCUAUUUUCAUACUCAUCAUCCUUGCCACCCCGGACACCCCUCGUUUGUUCGCUCGUUCACCCGCAUUGACAAAUUCGCCCAGCGGCGGCUAUGCACCGGUUUGGGUAGAUUGCCCUACCGAUUUGUCGGUCAGGCAACCCACCUUAGCAGGUCCUCUGGCUUCUAAGGAAGCAGAAUACAUCACAAAACGGACAUUAAAAUCUGUCCCCUACUGGCGCUCUUAUCUUUCCCGGGCUGGUCUCUCAGAAUUUGAUAUUGAGGCGUUCUUGAAAAAAGCUACAACUGAAGGGGCUGUGAGAGGGCUCACACUACCCAACAUCGGUUUGGCACUUUCAGGAGGAGGGCCUAGGGCAGCUCUCAUCGGUGCCAGUAUGGUUCACGCUUUGGAUGAUAGGAAUCCUGACGCGGUUAGGGCCGGAACGGGUGGGAUCAUUCAACUGGCCAACUAUGUCACUGGGCUCAGUGGGGGUUCUUGGGUUUACCGAGCUCAUGGGUUCUCCACUAGCAAUUUCCCUGAUGUCCGUGAAUUAGUCUCCACAUGGAAAUUACAACAAGAUAAUCAGCCUCUGGAUUGGGAGACGGUCAAGAAAUACCCACCAGCAGUCAAAAUUGCCAGAGAAAAGGCCAAUGCUGGCUUCCCGGCUAGUCUUGUGGAUGUAUGGUCUUUGAUGGUUGGGAAGCACUUUCUAAACGCCCCCGAUUACGGCAAAAGUGUUUUGUUUAAUUCGAUCAGAGACGUUCCUGCCUUCCAAAAUUACGAUGCCCCUUUCCCUAUCAUUGUAGCCACAAGCCGCGGAGAGAAGGGUCGCAGCAGCAUUGAUCUUCAGACUCCGAUAUAUGAGUUCACUCCGUACGAAUUUGGUGUAUGGCAUCCUUCAAUGAACGGGUUCAUCCCAAUCGAUUAUCUUGGAACCAGCAUGUUUGAUGGUAAAACUAUCCCACAAUCACCAUGCGUGAAAGGGUUUGACAAUGCUGCCUUUAUCAUGGGCUCUUCAUCCAACAUCUUGAGUGAACCCUUUGCACCCAACGAAAAGAUGACAUUAUGGAACAAGAUCGUCGCUGGGCUUUAUGAAUACUUCACUCGCCACAUGUAUGACGAAGCACUGGUAUUCAAUCCAUUCAAUGGAUUAGGCACGGGAUCUAGUCCAAAACAGGAAUUUCCGGAUGGCAAAGAUACUUUACUCUAUCUGGCUGAUGGCGGCUUAGGAGGUGAAAACAUGCCACUAUGGCCUUUAAUGCAACCUGCGCGAAAUUUGGAUGUUAUCAUUGCGGUGGACGCUCAAACAGAUGGAGUGGGGUAUACAAUCGACGCCCGAGGCUAUUCCAAUGGGACGUCACUCUACAUGUCUUACAAGAAGACCCUGCUGCCCGAUUAUAAAGGAUACAAAUUCCCGAAGAUUCCCGAUUACCGGUCUAAAUUCAGUGAACUAGGCUUGCACCAACGUCCAUCAUUUUUUGGGUGUAACGAAACCGAUGCGCCUUUGGUGAUAUACUUCCCCAAUUACUAUAUGGUAGCUGAAACAGAUUUUACCACCGUUCAAGCUUCCUACACCCAAGCUGAGGUUGACGCCGUUUUUGAUAAUGGCUUUGCGAUUGCGACUCAAUCGAUAGGAAAAAUCAAGGACAACACCUUACUUUCUCAAGGAAUUGAGGAAAACAUUCAACGUGCCGGGAAAUAUGCGACUCCAGAUUGGUCAACUUGUGUUGCAUGCACUCUCAUUGACCGCCAGCUUCAAAGGGACGGCAUUCCCCGGACAUCGCAGUGUGAAGCCUGCUUUAGACAACACUGUUAUGUCGAAUCCUCGUCAAGCUGA